CUUCAUUCUCCCCUGGCUUGUCUCUGGUGCCCUCCAGUGAUCUGCAGCACACAUACCAUGCAUCAUGUACCCGCAUCCCAAACGCCGGCGCCUCACGGGUGACGUCCUAUUCCCAACCGAGCUCGACAACGCACCGGGGCUCUCUUCGCCACCAGCCUUUGCGCCAGGACUCAACAACGACUGGACUCUCCCGCAGCGACAUGCACCUGCAUAUACACCUUCGGAUUCGACUGAUGUCCCUGCCUUCCCUUCUCCACUAGGUGCCGCCAGCUGGGGCCAGGACGGGUUCUCGCAUGAUCCGGGGUUCCUUGCGUCGCAGGAGGAGCUGCGAUGUAUGCUCUUUACAAUCGCCCAGUCUGCGGCACCGACGAGGGCGGCGAGUCCGGAUGGGAAUCGGCAGGAUGACGAGGAGGGAGAUAGACGGACAGAGAGGGAUCCCUUGCCAAUGCGAUCGGCGCUUUCGAGUCGUCGGCGGGUCGAGUACUUGAAGAAUUACGUGGGGCAAGUGGCUCCAUGGCUCGACAUGUUCGAUUCUCAAUGCACGUUUCGCGUCCAAAUCCCGGCCCUUGCUCGCACAUUCCCUGCUCUACUCAAUGCGAUACUGGCGAUAUCCGCUCGCCAAAUGGAGCGAAAAGACGGUAUCCAGGACUCGUUCGAUAGUAUUGAGCUCUACCAGGAGGCUAUUCGCCUGCUCAGUCCUUUGCUGCAGAUGCGCGAUCCUAAAGUGAUCGCGGCUUGCGUCUUGCUCUGCUGUCUUGAGAUGAUGUCAGCACGAGCGCAGGACUGGCGGCGCCACCUGGAAGGAUGCACGGCUCUCUUCGACGCCUUUGAAAUCAAUGGCUUCAGCAGCGGGCUGCUGCAGGCUGUGUUCUGGUGUUACGUGCGCAUGGAUUUAUGUGGUGCACUGAUUUCAGACGGGACUCAAAGCACUCUGCUUCGUCCCAGCAAGUGGCUUGCCCCUGGCUGUCCGGAAGAGGAUGCAGCCCAGCUUUUCCAGGCGGCCCAGUCCCCAGAUAUGCAUGCGAAUUACGCCGUCUACCUGUGCGCAAAGACCUGCGAGCUGGUUGCCGAUCGUACACAGUUUCUCGAACUAGGCGCGCAGAAUGACUGCACAGGCGAUGUCUACCAGGGACGCUGGCUUCGCCUCUGGGACGACCUCCAGCAAUGGAUCGAGGACCGACCACCGGAGCUGCUCCCCGUUCAGACGACCCAAACCAAACCUUUUCCACACAUCUUAUUCCUGCACUGGGCCGCCAUAUCCUCUAAUCAACUCUACCACACUGCCUGUAUUCUCCUGCUGAACAUCAUGCCGAAGAGCAUCAAGCUACGAUCGGCGCCGAUUGUAUCAGCGCUGUGGCAUGCUCGGCGGAUCUGUGGCAUAUCCCUUGCGAACCCCCAUCAAGGAUGUCUGAACAAUGCUAUCCAGCCUCUAUGGAUUGCCGGGCGCCUGUUCAGCCAUGUCUCUGAACAUGCGAUCAUCAUCGACAUUAUUCGAAAGAUCGAAGCGGAGACAGGAUGGGGUGCCUGUUGGCGGAUCCGCGACCUAGAACUUGCUUGGGGGUACCAACUGACUAGUCGGAGUCGAAAAUCCGGUACACAGCACUCACCAGUCGCUGGAUAAAAGAUUUGCGAACCAAGAGCUUCAUCUUACCUGACGAAUACGCAAGUAUCUAUGCCUCCGGCCAGCCCCAUUCUACCUGAAGAUCUCGCAGAAGCUCUCCAGCAUUCCAGCCAGUGAUCUUCCGGAUGCGCUCAAAGCCUCGCAAAAUCUCUUGUUGCUGCGACUCAUGUGUCAUGCGGCGUGCGGCCGUCAGAAAUGAUGCUAGCAGACAUGGAUCCCAGCACUCGCGUCGCUCGUUGUUCAGAGCGAUACUACAGAUUCGCUGGGCAUGCCACAGAGGAGACAUCGUGGCCGAACGAAUGUCUGCGAUGUGCGCUGUUCGCGGCCGACUAUGUAGUAACAGUAACAUGGCUGUAUGAUAUAGCUGGUUAGAGAAAACACCAGCCCCAUUUGCAAAAAGAACAACGGGAAAGCUUUGGCUCGGAUCGGCAGCUUGGUCGUCUGUCUCUAUCUCCAGCAUCGGUUGGAACUCCUGAGGUCGUUCUCGGUACCACUGCUCAAGUUCCUCGACAAUUCUCAUCCACACUCGAAGCGGGGGCAGGUGCGGAGAGGGAUCUUCAUUGUGCAUGAAUUCAAUAGCCCGCGCACAGAGCCAGAGAGGGCAAUGUGCAUAUGAGAAGACCAGUCCAAAUGGGUUAGUACCAAGAUCUCCUUCCGCAUGAUAUGGUGGCGACGGAGGGAUUUGAAUCUGGAGACAAGUAUUUGUGGCCAGCGCUGCUCCAAGAUCUUUGCGAUAAUCACUUGUCAGUCUCUACCGCACGGCUUGAAAACCUUUCAAGAAACAUACCUAGCCUUAUAAAUAGCCAGUAUAUCGCCGAGUUGAGAUCUCUGCCGACUGUAUGUGCACUCAAUGGCUCAAGAAUUUCAUUAUCGCUUUCCCUCUGCAAAGACCAUGCUGAGGGCAUCUCCGUAAUGCAGUAUCCGAUCCUAUCCAGGGCCCGCAUAAAGGCGAUCGUGGUGAUAUCCAAUUGCCCGUCUUGAGUUGCAGGGCUUCCAAUGCUUUUCUCUGUUCUCGGCCGUAAAGAAUUUGGUCGUAAUAAGCCUAUAGAUGCCUGCGAGACAGCAAGCACCGUUGCCCGAACCGGGGUUGAUACCAUUGCAAGCUGCAAGCCCUGGAUUCCAAACAUUUGCCCGAGGUCACAUAUAUCCAGC